CACGUGCUGUCUCUAUCAUACCUUAGGUGUACGCCUCUCUGUAUGUUUGACAUUUCCGCCUUCUGUGCGUUAUAUGUAUAUUAUAGAAAUACAGCAGAUAUUGUUAUCGCGGGAUUACAAGUAUCGAAAUAUAUUAGCCUAAGAAUUUAAUUACGAAAAUCAUGCUUGUGUUGGUAUUGGGAGACUUGCAUAUUCCACACAGAUGUAGUAGCCUUCCGAGUAAAUUCAAGAAGCUGCUGGUACCAGGAAGAAUACAGCACAUCUUAUGCACCGGCAAUCUUUGUACGAAAGAGUCCUAUGACUAUCUCAAGACGCUGGCCAGUGAUGUUCAUGUAGUCAGAGGAGAUUUUGACGAGAAUUUAAAUUAUCCGGAACAAAAAGUAGUUACUGUGGGCCAGUUCAGAAUAGGACUCUCCCAUGGGCAUCAAGUAGUACCAUGGGGCGAUCCGGAAUCUUUAGCCUUGAUACAGAGACAACUAGACGUCGAUAUUCUCAUAUCGGGACAUACACAUAAAUUCGAAGCUUACGAGCAUGAAAAUAAAUUCUACAUCAAUCCUGGGUCAGCUACCGGAGCUUACAAUCCUCUAGAUACAUCAGUUAUACCAUCAUUCGUAUUGAUGGACAUUCAAAGCUCAACAGUGGUUACUUACGUGUACCAGUUGGUUGGAGACGAAGUUAAAGUGGAAAGGAUUGAAUACAAGAAGAGUUAGAGUCGAUAGAAAUUUCAGAAUAUAUCUGUUAUAGGUAUAGCCGGUAUUAGUCGGUUCUUAUUUCAAAAUCGUCUCAACUAAGAUGUUAAUACGGCUUGUGAUUGGUUUAAAACACAUUAAGACUACUUAAAAUGGUCUUAAAUAUAAGGACGGACUAUGAAUUCGAUCUAUAUCCGAGACUCGGUAAGAAUGUAUGAAUAUUCAAUAUUUGCUAGAUACUUUUAAUCGGUCUCGGAUUGAUUAAUUAAUUAGCAUUUAAGUGUGAUUAUUGAAUCGUAUAUUUGUUGUAAAUAAAUCAAUAUCAAUAUUAUAUGUACAGUAAGCACUUUCAAAUUAAAAAAUACAUCGAUAGACAAUUAUCUUCAUCACUUCGAAAAAACUUAAAUUAACGAAAGUAAUGUUCGAGACCGUUUAGGCAAUGUGAGCAGUCACCCGUUGAAAAUGAUGUAAAAAAUUUUAUAUAUAUAUAUAUAUCGCAUUGGUAUUAGAUUUUUAAUCUGAAAAAUCACAUUUAAGUUGUUUUGUAUAGGAGCCUUAUUUAAAUUUUCUACUUCGAAAAAAAUUCUUAAUAGGUUUUCGUAUACAAUUUUAUAAAACUAUGUUAUAUAGCUUAGUAUAUAGCCGCUAUAAUUCCUUUAUUUCCAUAGAAAGACACGACAUGAAAAAUGGAACAAUGUUUCUUCCUGCUUAGAAAUAUGUGAUAAGAAAAAUAAAGACGCACGUAACUUGUAAUAGAGCAAUGAGAUUUAAAUAAUAUCAAUUACUGAA